AGAGACAUCAUCUCUGCACUUAUCAUCUGUCGCGAAUCUGUGUCCAAUGGGCAGUAGACCUGAUGUAGACGCAGAAAAUUGUUACUCAAAUUUAAUCUCUGUUCAAAAUUUCGAAAAAUACGUUCAGGAAUCCAUUAUCAUCGGUCAACUGAAAUCACAAUUCUUGAUGUUUCCAAGAGGUCUGAAUGAUAAGAGGCGACACAAGUAUGGAUCGCUGGUAGAAAACAAAAUCAAAAACAGAUAUGCAAACAUCUUACCGUAUGACGAUACGAGAGUGAUCCUGAAAAAGAUUCCGGGUAUUCCCUUCUCCGACUACAUCAACGCGAGUUACGUGGAGGGCCUCGAUAAAGAAAAGUGUUAUAUCGCGGCUCAAGGUCCUAAGCCAGAGACGGUUGAAGAUUUCUGGCGAAUGAUUUGGCAAGAGGAAUCUCUCGUGAUUUGCAUGCUGGCAAAUGUAGUCGAGAGUGAGAAGAUUAAAUGCUCGCAGUAUUGGCCAGAAUUCGGAAGCCGCGAAACUUACGGUGACAUCACUGUAUUCAUAGAGAGCCAGAAAGUAUUCGCCGACUUCACUUUCAGAAUCUUCUCUAUCAGUCACAAAGGGGAAAACCGAAAAAUCGAGCAUCUGCAUUAUACGGGAUGGCCGGAUCACAAGGUGCCUCUGUACGUGCAUUCCGUGAUUACAUACUUGAACAAGUUGCUCAGAACGCCCAUUGGAAAAGGACCCAUAAUUGUUCACUGCAGUGCAGGUGUCGGGCGAACAGGUACACUUAUACUGUGUGACAUCUGCCUGCGACAGGCCGCUCAAACUGGAAGCGUCGACGUACUCGCCCAGUUUCAAAAACUUCGUGACUGUCGCUUGAACAUGGUGGACACUGAACUGCAAUACGUAUUUGCUCACAUUGUCCUGGCCGAAUGCUUGACUGCACAGUCUACGGAGAUACCAUGCAACAAUGAUUUGCCUCUGGCGAUAGAAAGUGUAAAGGAAAAAUUACCGCAGCAUAUACAAAGGCUCAGCGACACCGCUUGGCAAGAUCAGGCGCUGUGUCCGUGGAUGAGAUCCUUGCCACCACUUCCGGAACACCUUGUGAAAAAUAGAUACCCAGAACUUGCACCAGGCUGUUCCAAUCUGGUCUACCUAACACGUAAUCGAGCGCACGGUUACAAUGAUUAUAUCAGCGCGGUCCUGGUCGAUGGAUUUAAAUUCAAGAAGCAAUUUUUCGCCUCCCAAUUACCUAUGCCAUCAACGAUUCCAAACUUUUGGCGACUAAUUGCUGAGCAGAAGGUGGAGCUGGUUAUAAUUUUGCAACAACCCGACCCUGAGGAUCCCACAUGCUGUGACGUCAUGAUGAACAAAGAGUCGUUCGAUCCUGUGCCCUCCUUGAAUGUGGAAGUGAAAACAAUUUCAGAUCCAACGAAAUUGUUCCAGAUCACCAAGGUUCUACUCACUACCAAGUCAGGGGGUCCAUCAGAGUCUCGUGAAGUUACAGUGUUGACAUGCACAGAAUGGGGUUUAGGACGUGAUGGGAAACCACCACCACCCGAAGUUCUGGUGAGCCUCUGGAUAAAAUCGGAGGAUAUUCAUCGAGAACAAGGGCCAACACUGGUUCUUUGUCACGAUGGCGUCACCGGCUGCGGUCUCUACUUGGCUUUGAGUUUCGUCUUGGAACGAAUGGCCGUUGAACGAGAAUGUGAUAUCAUUUUAGCCGUCCGAGCUGUUCGUCGGGCAAGACCAUGUUUUGUGCAGUCUCAGGAACAAUUCGAGUACUUAUACACCGCCGCAGCGGAGUACAUCAAGUCCUUCGAGACGUACGCCAACUUUGAUUGAUUUAUCGAGUUAUAAUUAUUUAUAAUAUACUAAUAUUGUCAGUAACUAAUACAUUAAUAUAUUAUAUAUAUCAUAAUAAUUUCAAUAGCAAAAU